GCGCGCGGACAGACGACCGAGGCGCGGCCAUUUUCACUCAGUCUGUUGUGUGCCCGGCAGUCGUGCGUUCUAUCAGCUGUUGCGCGUACGUACUUACAGACAAUAUGAGUGAUACCACGGCCAUCAACACACAGAGCAUUGCGGACUAUCUCGCUCAGCUGUUGAAGGAUCGCAAACAAGUAACUGCGUUCCCAAAUGUCUUCAUGCACGUCGAGAGACUCAUUGACGAAGAAAUCGCAAAAGUUAGGUCUAGUUUAUUUCAAGUAAAUGGGAUAAAGAAGGAGCCCUUAAUCCUGCCAGAGGCGCAAGGACAAGCAACUACGCUUACAGAAAAAGUCUUCGUACCUGUCAAGGAGCAUCCAGAUUUUAAUUUCGUGGGCCGGAUCUUAGGCCCCAGAGGGAUGACGGCCAAGCAGUUGGAACAAGAAACAGGGUGUAAAAUCAUGGUUCGGGGCAAAGGGUCGAUGAGGGAUAAAAAGAAAGAGGAGCUGAACAGAGGGAAGCCUAACUGGGAGCAUCUGAGUGAGGAGCUGCACGUACUGAUCACAGUGGAAGACACAGAGAACAGGGCCAAGCUGAAACUGCAGAGGGCUGUGGAGGAGGUGAAGAAACUGCUGGUACCGGCCGACGGAGAAGAUGAGCUGAAGAAGAGACAGCUGAUGGAGCUGGCCAUCAUCAAUGGAACUUACAGAGAUUCCAACGCCAAGGCUCUGGCGGCUGCAGGUAUGUUCACAGACGAAGAGUGGCGGAGGAUGGCUCUCACAGCGGCUGCGGACGCCCAGAGGCUGAUGUCCCCGUCUAUCCCCGGCCUCACCCCGUCAGCCCUGCGUACCCCCACAGCCACCCCCCUAGGUGCCCCGCUGAUACUCUCCCCCCGCCUGCCAGUCCCCACGUCAGCACCACAGGGCCCCCUGCUGUCCCCCGCCGAUGCCCACAGUCUCAUAUACACGCAGUACGCUGGCUACCCAGACUACACUGCCCUCGCCGGGUCGCCCCUUCUCACUGACUACACAACCGAUCACACCGGUGCAGCUGCCGCGGCUGCUGUAGCUAAGCAGCGCCGCCAUUUGGGUCAGAUCAGAGAGCAUCCGUACCAAAGGGCUGGGGCUCUCUCGUGAAAUAAUACUCGUUCUCAGUGAAGGCUUGGCGUGAUAGAUGCUAACAACGCACGCCCAUAACUUGCGGACGUCACUCCACUCCAUCCACGACCUCGACCAGUCGCUUAACACGCUUCCAAACUACUCUAGGAUUAAGUGUUACUCUUUGGACUUACAUUGUGUUGAGUUAAACAAAAAUUAUAAGUACUCGUGACAUCUACGGGUACAACUGCAAAACAGGACAAUUUUAUUUCGGCAAUGUGCCAUCAAAUUUCUAUAAGCGAUGAUCACAUUCUAUGAGAUUAGUUAAUGUUUUACUUCAUGGAGUAUAUUUGAUUUUUACUAUUUCAAAUGAGCUUAAUUGACUGAUGAGUCUAAAACUGUAAAUCCCCUCUUACUUUUUUGUUAGUAUUUAUGUUUGUUUUCAUUUAAAUCAUCUAUUUCUCGCUGCCAUCAACACUUUAGAUGAUAUUUAGGUCGAUCACCAAAUAACUCUAUGGUUGUUUCAGUUGAAUCUGUUAUAAAUUUUUGCUUAAAAACCUUAGGAUCAUUGGAAGUAAUAUUAUAGUAGAUACGUUUGUUAUCUUAUUGGGGAAAGUUAAGUCCCUGAUUACAUAAUCUGAUUUUAUAAUAUAACACAGGUUUAUCAUUGUUUUUGUGUAAGGUCGGUGGGUUAAGCGACUUAACAUCGACCAGUAUUAACAAGGCUACUUACAUGGUGAUCUUCUGUUUUCUGUUAACCUUGUUAGUUGUUGGUAAGCUAAGCUGACGAUUCUGAAGAUGCCAGAUUUGUAAAUAUUAUUAACUAUCUAAAAUACUAGCUUUAUAUAAUUUAAAAUCAAAUCUUAGGAAUUAUGGCAGCAUUUAGAGCGUUGAGGUUUUUGUUGUAAGCCAUAGUGUUUAUUGUGUGUCAAGUACUUAGCUUUAGGCUUCUAGGCAGCUACGCCACACUUAAUGAGUGCAAUCAUGCAACCAACACGAUUAAGUAGUUCAAUUUAUAACAAAAAUUAUUAAUUAUGGUUUAACAUUAUUUUGUUAACAUAGGUUUUUCUACUUGACUAUCUGAGAAAAGAGUGUAAAAAGUUAUAUAUUAUUUUUGUAACUCCUAUUUUUGAGAAAAAAUUGAUUUACAUAAUAUAUUUUAUACGGAUUUUCUUAUUACUAAAGUAUUCCGUCCUUUCAAAGUGUGGCAAUACUUCUCUUUUUAACCAUGAAGAUCUGGAAUUAUUUAAAAUCUCAACAUAGUUGUUCUGUAAAUAGCAUUUUGAUAUUUCUAUUUGUGUUUCUUAGUCUUGUUAAAACAAGACAGAUUUCAUCACUGACAUGAGUCUUAGUUGUUAGAGAACGUUAUCCACAAGGCCAGCACUCUUGAGAUUAGUUUAACUAAAACUAUUAAAUGUUAUAUAUUAUUGUUAAAGAUUUCUAAUCAAAGUCAAACGUAUUGACCAUGGAUACCAAAAUAGACCCAUCGCAUUAGCUAUAUCUGCAGAUGGUUUUACACGCAAAAUGUGAUGGUGUAUAUUAAUGGUUCUUGAGCCAGGAAAGUUUUUGUGAUUUUAUACGGAUUGUGGUUAGAGUUUGUUCUUUAGUGAUUUAAGUUCUGGAACGGGUGAAAUAAAUAAAUAAAUCAUACAUCAUCAGGCAGUAGUAAAGCAUCGAGGUAGACAUUUAAACGUACACUAUUUUACCUAUGUGCUGCAUCAAUGGGACUAUUUUGGUGUCCAUUGCCAAUUAAUUAAUCUAAAAAAAUCUUCACAUUAGAUUACGUCUUCACAUUGGCAAAACCGAUUCUACAACAAGUAGGUAGUUAAAAUAGAAAAAAUACAUUAAACUUACAGAUAAAAACAUUAAAGUGUGGCAAAUUAAAUUCCUCUAAUCAGAUGAAAAUAUUUUCUUUUUAAUACAUCUUAAAAGGAGUUGCUCAGUGAGAAAUUUUUAAAACGUACAUUUAGUAGAAACGUUGACUAUGAAUAUAACUAGACAUUCCAUCCCCAUAAUAUAGUUGUAGCCAAUUUUAGAAUAAAGUGAAUGUAAUUGAAUUGAGUUUUCACUUUUCAACUUGCUGUAAAUUAUUGAUUUCUGAUGGGAACACAAACUUGUAGCUAAUCUGAACUGGAGAGGACAACUUAUUCUAAACUAUAGUAUCAACUAACAUAGUACGAAAAACUAGGAGAAUAAAUAUAAUUUAGACAGCAGUGCACUAGGUGAGUCAUUCAUUCAACAGUUAUGUUCCAUUUGAAUCAAAACUAGGCUACAGCUGAUCCACCUUGGGAUGUCUUGGAUCUAAUAUGGUAGAAGUAAUUUCAGGUGAUUGUUAUAUCAGACGAAAAGUAAUGAAACAACAAAAUGAAACAAUGAUAAUGCCAAAGUAAAAACCUACUGUUUCCUUUUCUGUUGUACGGUUUGUGUUUUGCCAAUGCUUAGAAGGAUACGUCGGGGCCAUUGUGCAAUGAGGGUUUCGGUGCUUGCGAGAGAAUCCGGCGCCCCAUUAUCAUCUUUGCUCUCUAUUGUUACUUAUUCUUGAGAUUUUAUCAUUCUAGAGGUUACGUUUUAGUUAAACAUUAGUACAUUUAUUUGUUAGUUCGUAUUUGUAAUGUUUAUUUAGUUUUUUUGAUAUUCAUUAUAUUGAUGUUGUAAUUGAAAUGUUUUGAGUUAGGUUAGAAAAAUAUGUUCUUUUCGUUUACUAGCUUGGGUCUCAGCCUCCGUGUUGUUUUUUGCAUGCAAAACACCAUUGAGAAUCUAUUUCGAAAACCCUAUUUUUGAUAAACAGAUUUUUUCUGAACAGGAUUUCAUCCUUAAUAGAGUUACAAAAAUUACACGUUUUCCAAGGCUGCUUUGGUUUUCUUUGAUUUCUUAAGUAAUCAAGAACCUACAUAAUCAUAUUUUUCUUAAUAAUGCAUUCAAGACUGUCUUUCCUGUUUUUACCAACUUGAUUUUUAUCUGUUAAAAAGCUGUCAUAAUUUUUCUCAUAACUAACCUAGAUAGAUAAGUUUUUAGUUUGUUGCGCUGAAAAUUUCUGUGAUUCUAACUCAAGCUAAAUCAACACCUGUUAAAAGUCCAGAUGUAUCUUCUUUUUCAAGGUUCAUUUAAGGUUUUUGGUUUUCUAAGAAAUUAAGAUGUUUUUAUUUUAGCUGCUUAUGAAAGAGGUAAAGCAGGUGGUUAGGGAAAAAGAGUAACUAAACAUAGUGCCUAGAGCGCAUAUUUAAACUGAAGACGUACAAAUAUAUUUUUUAUAGUUUUAUCGAGUACAAGUGAAUUUAUCGUAAGUCUGGUUUGUAGGUUAGUUUAGUAAUAAGCUGAGACCCAGCAGUUUUGUACCCAGUUACAAGUGCCAUUGCAAUAUCGUUAUGCCUCGUCUCGUGGCUUGUAUAUACUCAGCCAAAUCGUUCUUUACAGGCGGUUAAAUCGAUGUUUUAAAUAAAUAUUUACCAAUCA